AUGCAGUCACUGUUGACUGUGUUGAUAGACUCUUCUAAAUACAAUGCGGCUUUGUUAAAAACUGUUGAAGCUGCACUCAAUAUCAACUGCAGUAAAACCAAUCUUGCAGCAGUCUCUACCACUGCGACGGGCAGGACUGGUGAUAGAAGAACUGGUAGAACAAGAAGUUUGAAGACUAGUUCUACCACUGCUGCAGCAAACAAGGAGAAUCGGUCUGAUGAAACCAGCUCUUUUCCAGAAGAUAUGACUGCAUUUGCAUCGACCAUCUUGGAGCAGGUUAUCAAAACUACUCAUGGAUACUCACAGACCAUGACGGAUAUAACUACAACCUCAAAUGUCUUGCAUUCCAGAACUGCCACAUGCAGUUCUGUCGGUUCUGGCACGGAUACCACUUUAAAUGAUAAUGCUGUUAGUUUGGGUAGCCAAAUUCAAUCGAAUCCACAGCCUAUUGUCCGGAAACAGACAUCAACCAAGACAUUAAAUAUUCGAAACACUGGAUCUGGUGAUACUGAGCGAUCAACUGUAUCCGCUGAUCAAACUGCAUCAAUUGGCAGGCAUAAAGUAAUUGGCAUCACUUCAGUGCGUCGUUUGAGAACAGCUGCAUCGACUCCAUCACUUUCUACCAUGUCAAACAUUGAAGCAAACCAUCAGCUAGCAUCCUCCAAUUCAACAAAUAAUGCCCAGCAGCGACAGUUUUUAGAUACUGCGUUGGAAAUUGCUCGUAUUUGCAUAUCAGUGAUUGAUCAAAAAGCUACACCUUGGCAUGUGGAGUCGCUACAUACUGCAAAAAUGGCAUGCAAUCUAACUACUCGAUUCUUGGACUGUAAAGCUUACAUGCAUGCAUUUUUUAUGCUGCAGUAUGCAUUUCACAGACUAGGUGUUCCAAAACCUGUAAAAACUAUUGCAAGUCGUAUUCGCACUCUUAAAUCCAAAACUAUAUCCGAGAAUCCUCCAUUAUCUGCAUUCGGGAGAACUAUUUCAAAUACAGGCUCUAACUCGCUAUUGAGAACUGCAUCAACAGUGUCCAAAACGCGUGGUUUUGCUGCUUCCUUGACAAACGAAACUACAGAUCUGGAUCAAAUUGAUGCCAUUUGUAGUUGGUUGACAUCAUGUCCUUUUGAUAAAAACUCGUCAGCAUUACACUUGCAAGUUUCUAUGUUGCUAAUUAUGAACUCACUGCGAUGGAUGCUCGGACAUCGUCCUGAUGUUGGCAUGACUCAACGCUUUCUUGAUUCUUUAAUUUCCAUGUCUGGAUUUAUGGGAGUAUAUGAAAUUUUUGUGGUUUUGGAUGAAAAGACUGCAAAAGCUCAUUGCGAUUUCAUUUUUCGAAUACUGUUUGAAUUCAUUAGCAAAUUGGAGUUUCCGCACAACAUUCAUUUGACCAUCACAGCCAUUCACUUUUAUUUUAAAUCUAAAAACUUUUCUGCCAAAGGUCUACAUACACUUAUUCAAAAGCCAGCACUAUUAGCAAAUAAGCACUAUAUGCUUGAACCUGCUGACCUCCUUUCGAAUUAUUAUCAUCGCAUUGCCAGUAUUUCACAGGUUAAAAUGCAUUUCAGCAUGGAUGCUCUUUCUUGGAUUGAGCAUGGCUGGCUGUUUCCCGAAAAAAGAGGAUUUUGGCAUACAUUCACGUCAGAUUUUUUAAAAAAGGGGAUUGAAGUUGUUCCAGAUUAUCAAGAUGCAUUCUACAUCUUUGAGUUAUUUCAUGAAAUAGAACUUGCAAUCCCGCUGGUUACUUUUGAAAAAUCGGACUUUAAUUUGCCAGAAUAUGAGUUUCCAACCUGUCUUUCUGAAGAUUUGAAGCUUUUACGAAGAUUUCAGCUAUUGUUGCUAGAGUCCAUCAAAGAGCUACGUGAGCUGUUAGAUGUGGACUCCACCACCUUAGAAACAGUUUCAGCCAAUAUUUUAACAUCUACAAAUUCGCGUGUGGUGCAUUCACUUUGGUUUGCCAAUAUUGCUCAUAAAGUGUUCAGUACGGCUCAGCUAAUUCUGCCUAAAAUGGAUGGGGAUAUUCAGCAAAGAAUGUCAAGCAACACGUAUAACAUAGAUGCGCGAGAUCAGAUUUUAUCCGGUAGUGCAUAUCAAAUUGCUGCAUUACUUUUGCGUCGUAAAUGUGCAGCAAAUGCACUUCCCUUUUUACACGCCGCAGUAACACACGCAUCACAUAUGCUCAAAUCUGUCGAUAAUUCUAUUUCUAAUGAUACCAAGGUUCAUCUUGCAAAGCGCUAUGAAGUGCUUUCAUUUUGUCAACAGGAGAUGGGUGAAACAAAGGCAGCGAUUGUGACAGUAUGUGACGCAUUGAAAUUUUAUCCAAUCUCGUAUGCCCGCACUGCUGGAAAUAAAUUUGUCAGCCCAUUCAAGCAACUUGCAGCAAGAUAUAUCUGUUUAUCCUGUAAAGAGUUGAGCAGUUUUAAGCCUAUUCAGGCUUUGAUCAAUCCUAGCGAACAGGCUGAUAAAUCAACGGUAGAUUUUAUUAUCCAACUCGAAUCGCAGUUACUACAAGGCCAUGGAGCUGGACACUAUGCCAAACUUGCAAACAUUGUUGAGGCAGGAUCUUAUUAUCAAAAAACAGGAAAUUCACUUGCACAAGCCAGAACGUUGGUGGAUAAGGCGCGUAUUUUUCGCAAUAAAGUUCAAACCCCUGCUUCCAAUAUGCAAGGGCAAGAACUGGAUAGUUUAGCUACUUCAAACGCCAUGAGUUCAGAGACUGAUGAUCCUGUCAAGUGCUGCGAGCUUGCAGUUUCUCUUCUCAAGAAUCUUGUAGCCCAAGGGUCUGAACAAUCAAAGAAGCCCGAAAUAUUGGAUGAGAUCAAACAUGAGUUGGCGAUAGCUCAAUGUGAGCUUGGCAUUUCACUCAACUCGGCCAACAUGUUUGAUUACAGACCGUUUUAUUCUGCACUUGCUUGGUGGAAAAAAUACUUUGCAAACACACACUCUUUCACACUGCCAAUGCGGUUGACACUUUGUUUGGCAGCGUUACAAAAAAAUUCCAUUACAGAAUCACGCACCUUUGUUCCAAAAAUGUCUGAACGGCUGUUUCAAUAUAUCGAAAUGCUUGCUGGCUAUUUUCAAGCGUUGAACCAACCAAUCAAUGCACUGUAUUUUAUUCGUAUACUGUUUAAGCUUAUACAGCUGUGUCCAUCCAAGACUUUAGUUGAUGUUCUCAAAUUGUAUCGGGAAAUGGCAGACACAUAUCUGGCUCUUGGGUGUACAGGAAGAGCAGGUGUCAUGUUUUCCCUUGGAAAGCAACUAUCACAGAGCUCGAAAUGCACAGUUUUAGCAAAAGACGAAUUUCAAAGCAGAUUUGGCAAAUAUUUUUCAAUGAUUGGGAAUGUAGAAAAAAGCCAGGAAAUAUUUUCAAACAUAAGCUCAUUUGCUAGUAUCUCCAACAACACGAUGCAAGUAGAUGAAGUUUUGCAACGUGCACAGUUUUAUCUUGAUAAAUCCGUAUUUUUGUUUUACAAGAGCAAUGUUUCAUUGGCGAUAUCGGAAGCUACCACUGCUUAUUCCAUGAUUGCCAAAACCUCUCGCCGAAUUCAAACACGCAAAUCCUCCACAUCACACGAACCUAGUCAUAUCCAUUUCUCUAUUACAUUAAAUCGUGGUUCAUUUAUACAAGCAGAUGCCUAUCUUCGUCAAGGUUUAGAGAUUGCUACACAGACUUGUUCUGGGGGAUAUAUUGUAGAGCUCUCAGUAUGCAUUGCCGACCUAUACUCUAGAAAAGCAAGUGCAACUACUUCACUCGAGUUUAUCCAAUCUGCACUGUCACACGCAAGCAAGAUUUCCAAUCAGCUACCUGCUUAUGUGAUUGCUGAAAUGACUAUGGUUGAAGCUGAUUUACAAAGACAAGGCGGGUGUUUACAUAAAGCCAUUGUGCAGUAUGAGGAUGCAAGUACACAACUCACCAAGGCAUCGGAUCAAAAAGUGAUAUCUCGAUUGGAAGAUUUUCCAGCCGAUUCUAUUCAUUUAAUUGCCUUGCCUUUGUAUGCCUGUUAUUUUGGGAUGCCAAAUAAUAGGACAGCUGCAUUAUCGUUUACCAAUACGUCCAAUAGUCAAUCUGCUACCACACCAUUUACACCACUUGCUAAAAUCAAAGUCAAAGGCAAACACGACAAUACUGUUUUACUGCGUUGUUUUGGUCUAGAAAACGUCAAGGCUAAUGUGAUUUGCCAGAUUGCGGAUACUCUGAUAGAACAGUCCAAGUUUGAAGAAAGCUGGAAUCGUCUAAUGAAGAUUGAUGAAACUGAGCACGAUAUGUUUCAAGAGGUAUUUAGCUUGUUUGGCGUAUCUUACACUAUGGCAGCUGAAAUAUACAAAUUCGAUACAGAAACUGAUUUCAUUAUUGGGUUAUUACAUAUAAAGGCACACUACUAUGCAUCUAUGGCUUUGACUAGAUUCGAAAUGUUUUUGGUAUCACAAAAGGGCAACCAACGAUUGCAGAUGUUUUUUGAUUCGGUUUAUGCUUUUCCGUGGUGUAUUCAGCCAGUUAAAUCCAUCAAACCUACAACUGUGUGUGCCAAGUCGAAAGGAUCUAUUAAUUUAACUGCCACCAAGAGAUCCAAAAUGACUUUGCAAUUUGAAAAAGCAGCUAGUCAGCUAAAAGGUUUAUUGCAGCGUUCCCUUGAACUCACUCAAACUUAUGGAUCAUUGAAAUGCCGUGAAGAUGUUUUGUUUUCAUGGACACUGUUUCAGUCUAUACAGACUGUUCUUUUUCCUGGAAAUGCUGUUCCUUUGGAUUGUGCGCUGUCGCUUAUUUCUCAUUUGGAACAAAACAAGGCCAUUACAACUCAACAUCAAUGCGAAUCUGCCAGACAAACACGUCGGAUGAACGCGACAUUGGAGUUGACACAGCCAUCAGCUACACUGCAAUACGACCCUCUAGAUUUGACUGCUCGAUUUACAGGUGUUACGAUCAAAGAUACUUUGCAACCAUUGCAGGCCAAAUCUCGUGAAUCGGUUCCUGUCAAGAGCGAUUUAUUAAAAGAAAACUUGGAAUCUUCAAUCGCUGCAUUUCAAUCCGUCUUUCUAGCUAAUAUUCCUGAAAAUAUUAUUGUAUGCUCAUUUUCGUUUGAUGUCAAAAGGCAAGAUCUGUAUAUUUCCCGUAUGGAAUACGGGGGUGCCUAUGCUCUAUUCAAGCUUCCGUUAUUGAGACAAGCGACUCGAGAUGGCGAGACAAAUGGGCUAAGAUUUGAGGAUGUGAAUGCUGCAUUUCAAGACAUUAUGGAAGAAAGCAAAGAUACGAUUGAAAACUCAAAAGGUCGCACUUUAUCUCGCAAGGAAGUCCUAGAAUGGCGAAAGAGUAGAGCGCAACUUGAUGAAAGAUUGCAAUCGUUGUUAUCUCAGAUCGAAACUGUUUGGUUUGGUGGAUUCAAGGGUAUACUUUCAAGCCACUGUCUAGAUAGCACUGAUCUGGAGCCUAGUAUUGCAUUGUUUAAGAAACGACUCGAGUCACUUGUGUAUCAAGCAGUGUCAAAAUCCACUGUGGUUCGUACCAAACAGCUUUCGUUUGGUCUUGACCUGUGCAAAACAAUUUUACGAAUGGGUGCAUCGUCAACAGAUGAUAAAGAGAUUGAAGAUGUGCUUUAUUAUUUGCUGGAUGCCUAUCAAUACCAAGGUGUUUUUGUAGAUUACGAUGAAGUCAACAUUGAUGCGGCAAGUGUUACGGAAGAAAUCAAAGAAGUCAUUAUUGCUUUUUAUCAAGAUCUAGAGUCUUGCCAGCAUCGCUCAUUUGAAUCUAGCACAGAUGACAUGCAUGAUUCACCACAAAAGCACAUGGUUCUUGUACUGGAUAAACAUUCGCAGCAUCUUCCUUGGGAGAGUUUGCCUGCACUGCGAGGUCAUUCUGUGUCACGAAUGCCCUCGUGUGCAAUGCUCGGUGAAAUCUACUCAUCUACUAAUUUCUGCUCAAAUGUGUCUAAAGAACAAUGCUUUUAUGUGCUCAAUCCCUCUGGCGAUCUUGUACAUACCCAGGCAGAGUUUGAGCAAUCACUAUCAAGUUACUUUGGGCAUGGAGGUGCAGAACAGUUUGUGCGUGGACAAGCCAUUCAGAGUCUUGAUCGAUGUGCAGUGACAUUGCUGUUUGGAUGCAGUAGUGGAUAUAUGAUGCCUGCUGGCGAGUUUGAACCACAGGGAACGCCUUUGCAUUAUUUGAUGGCUGGAUGCCCAGCUCUUGUUGCGAAUCUGUGGGAUGUCACUGAUCGUGAUAUUGAUCGAUACAGCAAAUCCAUGAUGGAGCAAUGCGGACUGCUGUCGGGCGACAGUGAUCAAGAAUGUGUAUCGUUGCCCAUGGCAGUAUCUUUAGCCAGAGAAGAUACGCUUUUGAAAUACCUGAUUGGUGCAGCACCCGUUGUUUAUGGUGGUCUGCCUAUUUACAUAAAUAAAUGA